UCUCUAUAUAUAUAUAUAUAUAUCUAUAUGUGGUGUCGCUAGCUAGCUAGCUCUCUCCUCGUCCACCGUCUUCUACUACUUCCACUACUUCUAGAUCAUCCUGUUAUCAUCAUGAUCGGGGGUUGAGCGACAGACGGACAGGCAGACUGGCCAUUCCUCAAUCAGUGGGCGUGACGGAUCAUCAUCAUGGACGAAUCCAACCCGGAGAGUCAAGACUGAAACUCGAGCCGCCGCCCAUCAAUCCCUCUGGGUGAGUGAGUGAGUGAGUCAAGCACCGAUCCGAUCUCGAAAAACGCGGCUGACCCGACGAGAGGAUCCCCCCGUCCGUCCGUCGCUCGAUGCCCGUAGUCGGCUCUACGAGCAAGGGAAUCGCGAUCAGGAUUCCGCCGAGAGCGUGGAGUAGGGGUCGGAGUUGGAUGUGGUGGCAUCCGGCCGUGGUUCAUACCGGUGGAUUGGGUUGACCACGGGUGGCGUGUAUGCGGUUGUGGCGCCGGAUCAUGAGUGGCGUGCCGAGCAGUUUGACGGCCUCCCUGUCCUCGCUCUCCUCGUCCUUGGCCCGAACCUUUUCCGCUGUACAUUCCUCGUUGUCCUCGGUUGGGGUGGACGAGGACCAACGGACAGAGACGGGUCAGGAAAGUGGUGAUACCAUGUCGUUAAGAUGCUCGCUCUGCCGCAAAAACCAGCUCCCCACGCCAAAUGGGCGGCCAUCCUGCUCGUUCAACUAUCAGUUGGUGGCCAUCUCGCCGGUGAUAUUGGUGCAUAAGAUGUGCUUGGAAUCGGCUCACGGGUUACCCCGGCGAUCGAUUUGUGAUUAUUCCGAGGACGAAGUCACGCGAGAAAUCCAGCGAUGUCUGUCUUUGAGUUGCUGUUAUUGUCAAGCUUCAGGGGCGUUCGUGCAGUGUGCUCAAAUGGAUUGUCAGGACUCAUUUCACUUGUCCUGCUUCUACGAUCAAGCUCGACCGCAAAACAAGGGCUCCCCAUCUUCCUGUUCGAAGGCCAUGUGUCGGAGUCAUUUCGCUAUCGCUACGACAGAAGCUUCGCCCGUGAAGCCGAAAAGACCCAUACGAAAGGCUUCUCGCCCAUCCAAGAGUCCGACAAAGUCACUGAGGCCAAUGAUGAGUCCUAUCAAAGAUAUGCGAGCGGUGUUUUGUCGGGCUGUGGACUCUCAUCUGAGCGAGAAGUCGUCCCCCAAACGCACGGCAAGGUCACCUCUUGGACCCAAGCAGAAACUGACCGCACCAGAUCUACCUCGUAGUUCCAAAAGUACAAGCUCUUCGAAUCUGUCACUUUCAUGUUGUUCGAGUAAGCCUCCUUCCGGCAAGGAGAAUCGAACGACUCGCGUUGGGACCAAGUCACGGAUGAAAGAAAGCUGGAUUAUCGAAGGGAAGCCAGCUCCCGAGAAACACAAAAAGAAAUUAACCCUAAAGAAGCCCGCUCUUAAAUCGAAGAAAACCAUAACCACCGGCAAAGGUAUAAAAAAGCAGAAACAGGCCAAGAGCGAUGUGCCUGCAAAUAAAACAAAAUCAUCCGUCAAAGGACGGAAAGUCAAACGUGGGACGAAAGGGGGGGUUAAGAAACCAAACGUUCGUCUUGCUGCUCAGCCGUAUUCGACUGGAAGUCAAGUGGUCCUCACGAACGCUCCUUCUUCUCCAGCCAAGAAAUUCGUCGAAAACAAGUCUCCGUUCAUUAGACCUGUCGCACCCUCAGCGUCAGAUUUGAAAUUGAAAUCCAAUAAGAAGGUGAAGAGGAAUCUGUCUAAACAUUUCAAUGCAAAUUCACUGCCAAAUGGAUUGAACAAAAUCGCCCGAGGACCCCUGUCCAACAAGGAGAUUCAACAGGCUCGCAACCAGUUCCGUGUAAAGAAGCUCGUCAAGAAGAUCAAUGCCGAACACAAACCCAUCAGUGAGAGGCAGCUCUUUCACAUCAGCAACAACCAGCCUGUUCGUCACGAAGUGGGCGAAUCCGAGUACGAGGAGAACUACCAAUGGCUGGUGGAUAAUUCGAAUCGACAAAUUGACGACUUUCUCGAUCUCAACUCUGGCGAAAAGGGCUUCAUGAAGCUAUGGAACACGUUUCUUCAUCACAACCCUUGCUACGGGGAUAGGAUGCUGGUGAUCUUGUUGGAGAAAUUCAUUCAGGAAACCGCUCCCACCAUCCUGGCCAAGAACUUGUACCGAAACUUUGUUCUUCACGUGACCAAUCUUCACGACUUUGGUUCUCUCGAUCAGGACCUCCUCAGUCAUAUGAUCAACCGAAUGCGCUUAGCCCUUUACAAUUGUGUUAGUCAAGGCAGUCCAAUCUACGAUAUUGCCUCCACUGCCGAACCCCUCAACGUCAACACUCUGACCUCAUCAAUCCCUUCAAGUAUCACGGACGACCAAGAUGUCACCGUGACCGAUCAUACUAUUGAAAAGCCUUGGACCAGCGACGAGAAUACCGCUCUUGUGGAACCCACGCCGAACCCAUCGGAAUCGGCGGGCCUUAAUAUAAGUGGCGGAAACACUUCUCUCUCCGCACAUUGGUCCCGGAAUCGACGGAUCCGUUAUGCGGCUCGGUUUUCCAGCAGCAAUGACCCGAGCGUCAAUAAUCUGCGACUCUCGUCGUGUUGUCCCUCCACAAGUCCGAGUGUCUCGUCUGGGAGCUCAAUGGAAGGAUCCGUGUCGUACACAAGUGAUAGUGCCAUUGAUUCGAUUUCUGACCUUUCCUCGUUGGACUCGAUCUCCCCGACUAGCGGUCGAACUCGAUCCGCCUCAAAAUUGUCCAUCCUCGAGGCUGUGGUGUAUUGCGGUUCGGAUCGCUUCCAGACGCGUCGACGACGAGCUCUGGCUCAAGGCGAUUUCAAUCCCUCGCGAAAGAGAAAAAUGUCCUUCGAGGCGAUCCCUGAUCUCCAGCAACCUAGUACGAAACGAUUGAGGCCUUCCCCCGGGGAGGUCGGCAUUUUUGCGACUCAACACCGAUCGCCUGGCAAGGCCAUACUGUAGGCUCUUUCGCGAGGGAAUAAUGCCUGUUUGUCCAUAGUCCAGAAUUGUGUGAUUCAUACGUAUGUUUUUAUGCGGACCCUAAUGACGAAGCUGAUUGAACCCGAUCAGUUCUGCAGCUUCUCACAGAAUUAAUGCACUUUUUGAGGGUGUCUUGUCCUUCAAAACUUGCUCCCUCCUUCUAAUCAAAGAAUUAUUUGAUUCACAAUGAAUACAUCCUUCUUCACCCCCA